AUGGUUGGAGGCGCAGUCGCUGUAAAUGGGGCCGACACGGCCAUGUCACGGCUCAUUGACCCCAACCGGAAAUGGUACAACAACAAGCGACUGUUGGCCCUUAACGGCUGGAUUGUCCUACUCCUCAUCACAUCUUCGACAAAUGGUUACGACGGGAGUAUGAUGAACGGGCUUCAGUCGCUACCACAAUGGGCGAAUUACUUCGGUAAUCCCACCGGCGGCAAGCUGGGUUUAUUAAACGCCAUCCAGAAUAUCGGCUCUCUAGCUGGCUACCCCUUCGCCCCCUAUGUGUCAGACGGCAUAGGUCGACGAGGCGCCAUCUUCCUGGGCGCUGCCAUAAUGUGCAUAGCAGUGGCAAUCCAAACCGCUGCCUAUUCCGUCGGAAUGUUCAUCGGCGCUCGUUUCAUGAUCGGCUUCGGCCUUACUUUUGCUGCGAAUGCGGCACCGAUGCUCGUGUCCGAGGUGUCCUAUCCUACAUACCGCGCGCCUCUCACCUCCCUAUAUAACUCGUUAUGGUACUCCGGCGCUAUUAUUGCCGCUUGGUCCACCUAUGGUACCUUCAAGAUUCCAAGUACAUGGGCAUGGCGUCUCCCGUCUCUAUUGCAGGGCAUCCCUUCCAUUCUGCAGGUCUUCCUCAUCUGGUUCGUCCCCGAGUCGCCGCGUUGGCUCGUGAGCAAAGGAAAAGAUGCCCAGGCCUUGCAAACGCUCGCCUACUACCACGCCGACGGCAAUGACCAGGACCCGCUUGUCCAAUACGAAUACGAGGAGAUCCGCGCCGCGAUCGAGUUCGACCGCACCGUCGCCGCCAACGUCGGCUGGAAAUCCUUCCUGACGACGCCGGGCAACAGGAAGCGCGUACGCAUCAUCGUCGCGAUCGCCUUCUUCUCGCAGUGGUCUGGCAACGGGCUCGUCUCGUACUACCUCAACAAGGUCUUCGACACGAUCGGCAUCACGGACCCGACGACGCAGCUCCUCAUCAACGGGAUCCUGCAGAUCUGGAACCUGUUCUGGGCGUGCGGCGCGAGCUUCAUGGUCGACCGUGCGGGGCGCCGCAUGCUCUUCUUGACGAGCGCGGGCGGGAUGCUGCUGUUCUGGACGGUGCAGACGAUUUGCGUUGCGCUGUUCGCGGAACACCGUAGUCCGGACGCAGCGCAUUCGGUUAUUGCGUUCAUCUUCUUGUAUUAUGCUGUUUACGACCUUGCAUUCACGCCUCUCAUUGUAUCAUACACCGUCGAAAUUCUGCCGUUCGCCCUGCGCGCGAAGGGCUUCAACAUCUUCAACUUUACGAUAUCCUGCGCCCUAAUCUUCAACCAAUACAUUAACCCCAUCGCCCUGGAUGCCCUCCAGUGGAAAUAUUAUAUCGUGUACGUCUGCUGGAUCGCCUUCGAAUUCGUCUUCCUAUACUUCUUCGUGGUGGAGACGAAGAACCUCACGCUCGAAGAGACGGCGGCGCUGUUCGACGGCGCGGAGGCCGCCGCGGAGGUGGCGCACGCGGGUGCUACAGAAGUACGUGAAGACGCUUCUGAGAAGGGAUCACACGGCGGAUACAGCCCCCAGGCCGAGCUCAAGGCAUGAUUCGCAUACACGAACGCUAUUCCUUCCCCAAGUGUAAAUGUACCCCAUCCACGUUUUUCUUUCUCCUUGGAUGCUCAUAUCUUUCACGAGCGCGGGUGUUGGUGCUGGGGUUUAUGAUAAAAUAUAUAUCGUAUCUAUACCGCGAGGAGUCCGGCGUGGGUGGACGAGGACAGCCAUUAAUGAUGACCAUUUGUAUUAUUUCCACACGAACCUGCGCUUGUGUAUGAUAAUUAUUUGAUUCAGUUA